AGAGCGAAACAGAGUGGCAGAGAUCCUCACAACAGCUGAACGAACCCUAAGCGCUUUUGUUAUGGCUCGUGCGGUGCCAUGACUCGCUUGAAGUCGCAUUAGGUCGUACCGCGGUUACUUCUCGCGCACAGACGGAAACAGGAGAGCGACGAGUGCGUGCCCGAGACCCUGAAGCCGGAUGGCGGCAUCGACAGAGUCAAGCAUGGCAGAUUUCGACGCGAUCUACGAAGAGGACGACGAAGACCCGAGGGCCAACGAAGACUCGUUGGUGAGCCUCGUACCCGAACCGGUGGUCAUACGAGGCGCCGGAAACAUGACAGUGUUUGGUCUGAGCAAUAAAUUCGACACGGAAUUCCCGCCAACGCUAUCUGCUAAGGUGGCUCCAGAAGAAUUCAAAGCUACCAUUGUGCGCAUCAACAGCGUCCUGCGCAAGACUCUACCCGUGAACGUCAAGUGGCUUUUCUGCGGCUGCCUGUGUUGUUGCUGUACCCUCUUAUGCUCGCUCUGGCCCGUCGUCUGCUUGAGCAAACGGACGCGGCAUUCGAUAGAGAAAGUCCUGGACUGGGAGAAUAGUCACCUUUACCACAAGCUCGGUCUACAUUGGAAGCUUGGAAAGCAGCGGUGCGAUUCCAACAGCAUGAUGGAAUACCUGCUGCUCAUCGAAUUCAUCCCCAAGUUGGCCAUCCAUCGGCCCGACUAAAGGCCGACGAGCCAGUCCCCCUUUCUCAAGUGUUGCCGCGGCGCUCGGACCAAUGAGGCGGCAAGAGGGCUCUCGAGGACGACCAGAGCGCAGCGAAUCUCUGUCACGGCGGAACGAAGACAGCCCCGCCCUGAGCAUUUGCUGCGUCUCUUUGGAGACCGUCUUACAGACAACAAAAACGGCGCAAGGCAAGAGUUCUUAGCCGACACCACAAGACUGCUGUACCAAGUGCAGACGCAAGAGAUCUGAUAUGUCGUUUAAAAGAAACGUGCGACCAGAGAUAGGUCGCAAACGAAAAACAGCAGAGAAUUGCACAGGUGCCUUUAAUUUACCGUGUUUAAACGUACGUAGGACACGCUUAGACUUAACAAACUGGAGUUUGCUGGAAGCAGCGUCAAAGACCUGUUGCUUGUUCGAUGCUAUCAAUCCUUUUCAGAUGUCAGCAGUUGCAAGCUGUCUGAGCGUAAACUCGGAAGCAGUAGGAAUAAAGUUGUUAGCGGGCGCUCCGAUCUAAAAUACGCAAAUGUUGUUGACAAGGGUGCUCGUACAAUUAGCGUCAUCAA